AUGGACUGGUCAAAGAAUGACACCUUGCCAUCGCUCGGCGGCAAGCCUGGCACCCGAGGAGAGAUGCCACGAAUGCGGGGGCUGGCACCCCUUACCUCGAGCCACUUCAUGAAAUCCGAUGAACAGGGCCCAGUACCACGAAGUGCCCAUGGAAAUCGCCUAGGAACUGGUUUUGGAAGCACCUUGGGAAGUGGCUCAGGUCUUCAAUCUUGGGACAAACAGCUACAUGUUGGAAGGCUACCACAGCCAUUUGCUCCAUCCAAGCAGCAGCAACAGCUGGAAGAGCAGCAACAGCAGGCUGCCACAAGCUCCAGAGACCCAGGCAUUGUCAAUUCUGGAUCGAUGACGGCGAGACAGAUUCGAUCGUCGGGUGGAGCCAGAGAUCCAACGGUGCCCGGUGGCCGGGGGAGUUUGACUGCAAGACCCUCGUCCAAGGGCGGUUCACAGAGUUGGGCAGCUCAAAAGGAGCAGCUCCUCUCGAGCAAUAUGUUGGGACAGCCGCAGCUCAUUUCAGCUGCAAGCAUUCACAGCCAGCUCCAAGCUGAACGUGCAGAGCGAGAGAAGGAACGUGAACGUGAAAGAGAACGUGAGCGUGAACGCGAACGCCUAGAACAAGAGAAAGAAAAAGAAAGGGAAAGGGAACAGGAGAAGGAAAAGUUGAAGUUGGAAAUUCCUCUGAGUCCUGCGAAGGUCCUAAAACAUCACAUGGAGGAGCUGACAGAGUUUGAACAAGGAGAGAUCUUGGAUUUUCCGCAGAUUUGGUACUUUGGUGCAGGUGCCCAAAAAAUCCGCGGGACCUCUGCGUCCACAAACAAUCAUUCCUACGAUGAUGAGCGUGGUGACUACAUGGUGGUUUUGCACGAUCACAUCUUGUACCGCUACGAGGUGCUCAAUCCCUUGGGCAAAGGCUCGUUUGGUCAAGUGGUACGAUCGUUCGACUUCAAGACCAACAACUGUGUUGCCUUGAAGAUGGUCAGAAACAAGAAACGUUUUCACCAUCAGGCACUGGUGGAAGUGAAGAUCUUGGAACAUCUGAGGGAGCGAGACCUGGAGAGCACCUCCAACGUGGUGCACAUGAUGGAUUAUUUUUACUUCCGGAAUCAUUUGUGCAUCACCUUCGAGUUGCUGAGCAUCAACCUCUACGAAUUCAUCAAGAACAACAACUUCCAGGGCGUGUCUCUGGGGCUGAUCCGGCGAUUCGCCAUUCAGCUGCUGGCAGCCUUGCGAUUUCUGCGGAAGCUGCACAUCAUUCACUGUGACCUGAAACCAGAGAAUGUCCUGUUGAAGAAUCCCACCAAGAGUGGCAUCAAGGUCAUUGACUUUGGAUCUUCCUGCUUUGAAGACGAACGCGUCUAUACGUACAUUCAGAGCAGAUUCUACCGCUCACCAGAGGUGAUUUUGGGACAUUCGUAUGAUACUGCUAUCGACAUGUGGUCCUUCGGAUGCAUCCUUGCAGAGCUCUAUACCGGAUAUCCCCUCUUCCCGGGUGAGAACGAGGUCGAGCAGCUUGCGUGCAUCAUGGAGAUCUUUGGAGUGCCGCCCAUGAAAAUCCUGGACGGUGCUCCGCGGAUCAAAAUGUGGGGCAUCUCAGAGCUGAUGGAUACCAGUACAAACUGA